AUGCCUAUGCUGCGGGAGCCUUGGAAAAAGUAUCGCAAGUUCAAGCCACUUGACUUGCCAAACCGACAAUGGCCCUCACGGACCAACGACAAGCCCCCUCGGUGGCUGGCCACCGACUUGCGAGACGGAAAUCAAAGUCUCGUCGAUCCUAUGGACGGUGAACAAAAACUUCGCUUCUUCAAGAUGCUCGUUGAGUUGGGCUACAAGGAAAUCGAGGUCUCCUUCCCUUCCGCUUCGCAGACCGACUUCGAUUUUACGAGAUACUUGGUCGACACUCCCGGCGUGGUCCCUGACGACGUUUGGUUGCAAGUCCUGUCGCCCUGCCGCGAGGACUUCAUCCGGCGGACUGUGGAGUCUUUAAGAGGAGCCAAAAAAGCCAUUUUACAUUUAUACCUCGCCACCAGCGAAUGCUUUCGCAGAAUCGUCUUUGGCAUGACUGAAGAAGAGACCCUUGCUCUGGCCGUCAAGUGCACCAAGUUUGCCCGGUCCAUCACCAAGGACGACCCCAGCCACGCGGGAACAGAAUGGCUGUACGAAUUCUCCCCCGAGACCUUCUCUGAUACAUCGCCCGAGUUCGCAGUACGAGUUUGUGAGGCGGUAAAAGAGGCGUGGGGGCCCACCGAAGACAGCAAAUUGAUCUUUAAUCUUCCAGCGACGGUGGAAAUGGCCACGCCGAACGUAUUUGCAGACCAGAUCGAGUACUUCUGCACACACAUGACCGAGCGCGAGAAAUUUUGUGUCUCGGUGCAUCCCCACAAUGAUCGAGGCUGUGCUGUGGCAGCAGCAGAACUAGCACAGAUGGCGGGCGCUGAGAGAGUCGAGGGCACUCUGUUCGGCAAUGGAGAGCGAACGGGGAAUGUCGAUCUGGUGACCUUGGCCCUUAACUUGUAUACACAAGGUAUCUGGCCCAAUAUCGACUUCAGUGACAUCAACAAGGUCAUCCGCGUGUGCGAAGAAUCGACCAAAAUACCAGUCAAUGAGAGGUGGCCGUACGGUGGCCAGUUGGUCGUCUGUGCCUUCAGCGGCUCACACCAAGAUGCCAUCAAAAAGGGAUUUCAAGUCAGGAGAAAGGAAGGUCGUGGGCCAGAGGAUCCGUGGGAACUGCCCUACCUGCCGCUCGAUCCUCAAGAUAUUGGACGUACAUACGAAGCAGUCAUCAGGGUCAAUUCGCAGUCUGGCAAAGGGGGUGUUGCCUGGAUCAUCCAGCGCAGCCUCGAACUCGACCUGCCCCGCGGGUUGCAGGUCGCAUUCAGCAAGAUUGUGCAGAAAGAAGCCGAUGCCAAGGGCCGAGAAUUACUUCCUCGAGAAAUCCAGGCUCUGUUCGAGGAGUCGUAUCACCUCAAGAAGAAUCCAAGAUUUACGCUCAUUGACUACAACAUCACGGCUGUUCGGACUCCCUCACCGGCUCCUCAGAUGAAAACUUCAGUCGGUCAGCCACCCCAGACCGCGGCGCCGGCUCAAAAUACCUCGACAGCGAAACGACAGUUUGCAGGUAUCAUCGCCAUUGACGGAGUGCAGCAUCCGAUUGUGGGGGUGGGCAACGGCGCCAUUUCGUCCUUGGCCAACGCUUUGCAUUCCUUGGGAAUUGACCUUGACGUGGCGGAUUACAAGGAACACGCCAUUGGUGAGGGGAGAGAAGUGAAAGCUGCCACGUACAUAGAGUGUACGGCGAGCAACUCGAACGAGAAAGUCUGGGGAGUGGGUAUUCAUGAGGAUGUGGUCCAGGCGUCCUUGAUCGCCUUGUUGAGUGCAGCAAGCUCGUUCUUGACAUCGCGGGUUUCCACGCCAGUCCCCUUUAAACCCAAGCACCUCAGGCAGUUUUCUGAAGCGGAACUUGAGGCUUUAGAGCGUUUGAACCUGAGUGGUCCCGAUAGCCCCAGCAGCCCGUUAAGGUCGUCCGUGACGGCAACGGAAGGAGGAGUUGCACCGUCGAAAUUGAAUAUGGAGACGAAUCCGAACAGCGUUGAGGCGAAAAAGAUCAACAUUGACUUGCUGGAACAGAAGGCUCAGUCUAUCAAUGGGCACGUGGAAAAGUCCUAG